CUAAGUACAUUUGUUGUAUCUUUUUAAAUUAAAAACAUACAAUUGCAAAGAGGAAAAAACUCUUUCCCCAUUCCAAAUCCAAUGCUCCAUGAGCGUUUGUAGGAAGGGUAGAAUAGGAGUGUCAAUUUUUUUUCUCUUUCCUCUGUGGAACGGGCCAACUUACCGUACACAUGCGCAUUUAAAUGGGUCCUGGAGUGUCAAUUUUUUUCUUUAAGCCCUUUUAUUUGUCUGUGGUGAUAAAGUAUAUAUGAAAAGGUAAAAACAAUACUCCUUUUUAUUGCUAAAAAAAAUUUAACAAUAAACUAAUGCAUGGUAUCUGAUGGGCUAACCGCUAACCAUAAAAUAAAAGAGUUGAAUGGGCCUGACCUACACGGGAUUUGGCCAUCAAGUAAAACAAAUGAACAUCAUUGGUUUGUCAUUCUAAAACAAGUUAUUUUCUCUGGUAUAAUAUAUAUCAUGCUAUUAUUUUAUAUCUUAGUGGCUAAAAUAUAAUAUAUUUUAAAGUUAUUCAAUGGUUCAACCUCGACCAACCCAAUUAGUCCAAUUUUUAUCAUUUCAAAUAUAUAUAAUAUAAUUAUUUGAUAUCAUAAUGACAAAAUUAUAGUGUAUUUUAUAGGGACUCGUUUGGUAUUUGUAAGUAAAAAACUAAACAGAAAGAUCUAUUUGGUUAUUUUAAACAUUAAAAAGAUCCUAAACAUUUUCAGUUCCUUUUGAAUUUCUAUGGUUUUAUUCUCGAAUAAGUGAUGUGCAAAUGGCGAAUUGCAGUCAUCUCUUUUCUUUCACUAUUUUUUAUUUUAAAAUAGAAAUUUUAAAAGUAAAGAAUAAUUAGAAUUUGGCAUGGGUCGGUCAAACAGGCUGAAUUUCAAGUUUUGGCCCGUUUUGAUCAAGUCUAAUUUAUAAUCACAUGGUUCCCUGAUACCCGAUAAAAAUCUCAAUCCAAACCAGUUUGGCAGGUGAGUCCGUGUUUACCACAAUUUUCUAGGGAUACAACAACUAUGGUUCUCCCAAAUCGUGUUGUUCGUUCUUGAUUUUCUUAGAUUUUAUCAUGGCUUGCCAAAAACUGGAAAGCACAAUGACGACAAGAUGAAAGUUUUAUAAAGCAGAGUAAUCGGCCAACGGGCCGAAUAAAAGCUAGCAACGAUUGUGAGAUGCUCAUUUCCCGAAAACCGACGGGAUAGGAGAUUUUUUAUUCGAUUUUCUGGAAUUUGGUUUCUAUAAAACUUACUCCACCUCAUCAUAUUACCAGAAACAAUAUUGUUUCACAAGGUAACAAGUACUUGAUUUUGGUUCAGAAGGCCGAUUUUUUAUUCGUUGCAUCAUUCAUGUCUCUUUCCUGCUAAAAUUCACUAUUUUUAUUCGGUGUUUCCCAAAAAAUAAUAGUGUAUUUUAUAGGGAAUCGUUUGGUAUUUGUAAGUAAAAAACUAAACAGAUCUAUUUGGUUAUUUUAAACAUUAAAACGAUCCUAAAUAUUUUCAGUUCCUUUUGAAUUUCUAUGGUUUUAUUCCCGAAUAAGUGAUGUGCAAAUGGCGAAUUGCAGUCAUCUCUUUUCUUUCACUAUUUUUUAUUUUCAAAUAGAAAGUUUAAAAGUAAAGACUAAUUAGAAUUUGGCAUGGGUCGGUCAAACAUGUUGAAUUUCAAGUUUUGAGCCGUUUUGAUCAAGUGUAAUUUAUAAUCACAUGGUUCCCUGAUACCCGAUAAAAAUCUCAAUCCAAACCAGUUUGGCAAGUGAGAAUGUGUUUACCACCAUUUUCUAGGGAUACAACAACUGCGGUUCCUAUCCCAAAUCGUGUUGUUCGUUCUUGAUUUUCUUAGAUAUUAUCAUGGCCUGAAAAAAAUUGGAAAGCACAAUGACGACAAGAUGAAAGUUUCAUAAAGCAAAUUAAUCUGCCAACGGGUCGAGUAAAAGCUAGCAACGAUUGUGAGAUGCUCAUUUCCCGAAAACCGACGGGAUAGGCGAUUUUUUAUUCGAUUUUCUGGUUUCUAUAAAACUUACUCCACCUCAUCAUAUUACCAUAAAUAAUAUUGUUUCACAAGGUAACAAGUACUUGAUUUUGGUUCAUAAGGCCGAUUUUUGAUUCGUUGCAUCAUUCAUGUCUCUUUCCUGCUAAAAUUCACUAUUUUUAUCACGUGUUUCCCAAAAAAUUAUAGUGUAUUUUAUAGAGAAUCGUUUGGUAUUUGUAAGUAAAAAACUAAACAGAAAGAUCUAUUUGGUUAUUUUAAACAUUAAAACGAUCCUAAACAUUUUCAGUUCCUUUUGAAUUUCUAUGGUUUUAUUCCCAAAUAAGUGAUGUGCAAAUGGCGAAUUGCAGUCAUCUCUUUUCUUUCAAUAUUUUUUAUUUUCAAAUAGAAAGUUUAAAAGUAAAGACUAAUUAGAAUUUGGCAUGGGUCGGUCAAACAGACUGAAUUUCAAGUUUUGGCCUGUUUUGAUAAAGUUUAAUUUAUAAUCACAUGGUUCCCUGAUGCCCGAUAAAAAUCUCAAUGCAAACGAGUUUGGCAGGUGAGUAUGUGUUUACCACCAUUUUCUAGGGAUACAACAACUGCGGUUCUUAUCCCAAAUCGUGUUGUUCGUUCUUGAUUUUUUUAGAUUUUAUCAUGGUCUGACAAAAACUGGAAAGCACAAUGACGACAAGAUGAAUGUUUUAUAAAGCAAAUUAAUCGGCCAACGGGCCGAUUAAAAGCUAGCAACGAUUGUGAGAUGCUCAUUUCCCGAAAACUGACGGGAUAGGCGAUUUUUUAUUCGAUUUUCUGGAAUUUGGUUUCUAUAAAACUUACUCCACCUCAUCAUAUUACCAGAAACAAUAUUGUUUCACAAGGUAACAGGUACUUGAUUUUGGUUCAUAAGGCCGAUUUUUUAUUCGUUGCAUCAUUCAUGUUUCUUUCCUGCUAAAAUUCACUAUUUUUAUCACGUGUUUCCCAAAAAAAAACUAUACAACAAUAAGUUAUACACCCCAUUACAUUAUCAAAUUUCAUACCUCACCUUCCUCCGGCCAACUGGCCGGGGCCCACGCUAGUUUAUAUAACUAAACACAAUCAGAUUAGAUAUCCCGAGAAUCCAACUCCCUGAUCCAUCCCCUAAUAAUCACAAAUCAUUCCCUAAAAUCAGCCGAAGCUAACCCUAAUCCCCCUCUGACUUCGCCCCCAAAAAGUCAGCCCUAAUAACCCUCCGUGCAAACACGUCUCACUAGCAGUGUGUCUCGCCACUCUUUUCUUACCGUCACAACUCACAAUCGUGUGACCCACCUCCCCCAAAUCCCAACCACCAUACUCUAUAAAUCCCUUCUCCAUUUUCAUAUUCAAAUCCCAUCACAACCUUUCCCUGUGCCCUAAUUUUCUAACCACCCAACUAACCCAAAGUAGUUACCUCCUUCAUUCCAUAACCCCAAACCCAACCAUCGCCCACAAACCAUGGCGUUAACGUCUUCCUUGUCACCAUUGUCAUCCUCCCUUCUUCUCUCUGCCGCAUUACUCAUCUUCUACGCCAACGUCGCGGCCGCGGUAGACUACUACAACUACAAGCCGUCCACCUCCGUCUCCCCUUACCUCCCUUCCUACUCCAAAUCCACGCCGACGAAGUCGAGAAUCCUCAACCCGAUCGACUCGUGCUGGCGGUCCGACCGGAACUGGUCACGCAACCGGCAGGCCCUGGCCGACUGCUCGGUCGGGUUCGGGAAGGCCACAAUGGGCGGGAAACACGGCCCGAUCUACGUGGUCACGACCGAUUCGGACGACCCGGCCGACCCGAAACCCGGUACGCUGCGGUACGGCGUCGUGCAGAGCAAGCCGCUGUGGAUCGUGUUUCAGAAGGACAUGGUGAUCACGCUGAAGAACGAGCUGAUCGUGAACAGCUACAAGACGAUCGACGGGCGGGGGGCCAAAGUGGAGAUCGCGUACGGGCCGUGUUUGACGAUCCAAGGGGUGACCCACGUGAUUGUUCAUGGGCUUAGUAUCCAUCACUGCAGGCCCGGGAAGUCUGGGCUGGUGAGGAGCAGCCCGGGGCAUGUGGGCCGAAGGCAGGGGUCGGAUGGGGAUGGGAUUGCGGUGUUUGGGUCGUCGAAUGUUUGGAUCGAUCAUUGUUAUCUGGCCCGGUGUACGGAUGGGCUUAUUGAUAUCAUUCAUGCUUCUACUGGGAUCACCAUCUCCAACAACUAUUUUACCCAGCAUGAUAAGGUGAUGCUAUUGGGACACAACGACAAGUACAAGGAAGACAAAAUCAUGAAGAUAACCAUAGCCUUCAACCAUUUCGGCGUUGGCUGCAUCGAGAGAAUGCCCAGGGUGAGAUUCGGCUACGCCCACGUCGUAAACAACAGGUACGACGAGUGGCAAAUGUAUGCAAUCGGAGGCAGCGCCAACCCGACCAUAUUCAGCCAGGGGAACUACUUCAUAGCACCUGACCAGCCCUACGCGAAGCAGGUGACCAAGCGCGAGGUGAAGAGCGGAUGGAAGCAGUGGAAGUGGAGGUCGUCUGGAGACGUUUUCCAGAACGGAGCUUACUUCGUGCAGUCGGGCUAUGGAACUUGCGCUCCGCCCUAUACAGGCUCGCAAUCGUUCAAGGUCGCUCCUGGUUCGAUGACUCCUGCUCUAACUGCCUCCGCCGGUCCACUUUCCUGCUCUUCAGGCAAACCCUGUUAAUUAAGACAAACACAUAUGUAGGUCUCUCCAGUUUGGCAAGAGACCCUUUUGAGUUUUGAUUCCCCAUCAUUUUGUACAAUGUUCUGCUCAUUUGUACAUGUAUACACAGUGUUACCAA